AUGGCACCUUCUCGGGUGGCAGGAGGUUUAGCCCAAUCAUCAUCAAGUUCUGGAAUUUUUUUUCAAGGAGAGGGACAGCCGCAUAAUUUAGUUAACUCUCACUUGAGUUCAUCUUUAGUUAACUCGUCUAACACUGUGCCUGGAACUGGUCAUUCCAACCUUGGUCCAGUUCCUGGGGAUAUGAACAAUGCAAUUUUGAACAGUGUUGCAAACUCAGCACCAAGUGUUGGAGCUAGUUCUUUAGUUACGGAUGCGAAUUCUGCACUCUCUGGUGAUCGCCAUAUGCAAAGAAGUGCGAGCAUUAAUGGAGACUCAUACUUAAGAUUACCUGCCUCGCCAUUGUCGUUCACAUCGAAUAAUAUUAGUAUUUCUGGGUCACCUGCAAUGGAUGGUUCAUCUGUUGUACAGCAGAAUUCUCAUCAAGAUCAGAAUGCUCAACAAUUGCAGCAGAAUCAACAGAAGCUGCAGGGUGGUUCAAGUUCUAUGCAUUUGCCCGCUUCUCAAACUGGCUCUUCUUCGCACCAAAUGGGUGCACAAGUUGCAGGAUCUUUCAUUCAAGAUCCAAAUAGUAUAUCCCACUUGCUGAAAAAACGUAGGCUGGAUAUCAAACCAGAUGAUAUAAUGCAACAACAGGCUAUGUUUCAGCAACAGCACAGGCUUAAGCAACAACAAAUCUUUCAGUCGUUGCCCCAGGCUCAGCGGAUGCAAUUGAUACAACAACAGCAGCAACAGCAACAACAGCAGCAGCAACAAAUGCAGAGGCAGCAACUACAACAACAAAUGAUGCAGCCCUCGGCUGGUGUGAAGCGUCCAUAUGAUGGUGGUGUUGGAGGUGUAUGUGCCCGUCGAUUGAUGCAGUAUCUCUAUCAUCAAAGACAGCGACCAAGUGAUAAUAGUAUUGCGUAUUGGAGAAAAUUCGUGGCUGAAUAUUACUCUCCUCGUGCAAAGCAACGGUGGUGUUUGGCAUUAUAUAGUAAUGCUGGACACCAUACAGCUGGUGUUUUACCGCAAGCAACUACACAUGCUUGGCACUGUGACAUAUGUGGAGCCAAAUCUGGAAGAAGGGGAUUUGAGGCAACUUUUGAUAUACUACCCAGACUUAACGUAGUCAAAUUUGACGGUGGAGUGAUCGAUGAACUUUUGUUUUUGGACUUGCCUCGGGAAAUAAGAUUUGCAUCUGGUUUGAUGAUGUUAGAAUAUACAAAAGCAGUUCAAGAGUGUGUGUACGAGCAGCUCCGUGUAGUUCGUGAGGGUCAACUUCGUAUCGUAUUUACUCAAGACCUAAAGAUAUUUUCUUGGGAUUUCUGUGUAAGGCGCCACGAAGAACUUCUUCCUCGAAAGUUAGUUGCCCCACAGGUCAACCAAUUAGUUCAGGUAGCUCAAAAAUGCCAAAGUACGAUUUCUGAAAGUGGGUCAGACGGGGUUUCUCAGCAUGACUUGCAAUCAAACAGCAACAUGGUCCUAACUGCUGGGCGUCAGCUUGCGAAGAGUUUGGAACUACAAUCACUAAAUGACUUAGGCUUUUCAAAAAGAUUUGUGAGAACUUUGCAGAUUUCUGAGGUUUGCAAUAACAUGAAAGAUCUAAUUGAUAUCAGUUCUGAUCAAGAUAUCGGAGCAAUUGAGAGUUUGAAAAAUUAUUCUCAAUUUUCAACCGCGUCAAAGCACCAAAUGCAAAAGAUGCAGGAGAUGGAACAGGCAGCAAAUGCUCAAGGUCUCCCAUCUGAUCGAAAUACCCUUAAUAAACUGAUGGCAUUGAAUCCUGGAUCGAACAAUCAUAUAACCAAUAAUCACAACAAUAUGGGCAAUCGCGGUGCUUUGACUGGGCCAUCACAAGCUGCUUUGGCAAUGUCUAGUUAUCAGAAUAUUCUCAUGAGGCAAAACUCGAUGAAUUCAAGUCCUAGCUCACUUCAUCGAGAAGGGUCCCCUUUCAAUAACCCGAACCAAAGUCCCUCGUCAGCUUCUUUGCAAGGUGGUGCUGGGGCUGCUGCUAUAAUCCCCGGCUCUAUGCAGAAUUCACCUCACAACAGUAGUGGUGGAUUCUCAAAUCAACAUAUAUCGGCUCAGCAACAGCAGCGGCAGCAGCAGCAACAACACCUUCAACAACGCUCGUUAAGUGCGAAUAAUUUACCUCAACAAAAUCACUCACAAGGACCUCAAGGAAAUCAAUUACUGCAACAGCAGCAGAUGAUCCAGCAACUACUACAAGAUAUGUCAAAUAACAAUGGCGGGGGAGUGCAACAACCGUCUCAUAGUGGACCCAAUGUAAGUGGGAAUAUGGCAAAGAAUAAUAAUUUGGGUUUUGGGGGUCAAACUCCACCCACAACCGGAGGAGGAGGCGGGUCUGCCAGUGGUCAAGCAAAUAACGGACCUGUUUCAAGGAGUAAUAGCUUCAAAGCAGCUUCAAACAGUGAUUCUUCUGCAGCAGCUGGUGGAGGAAGCAACACUGGAUUCAACCAGAGAUCAUCUGACAUGCCACCGCAGAAUCUCGCAUUGCAAGACAUAUCCGAUUUCGCCACUGAUUUUGCUGAUAACCCUUUCUUUAACAGUGAUCUAGAUGAUAACAUGGGUUUUAACUGGAAGACAUGA